AUGAGUAACAGGAUUAUACAGCUGCAAAGAAUAUUCCAAUCGUCGACCAAGCCGCUCUGGUGGAGACACCCAAGGUCGCCAUUUUUGCUGUACCCGUUCUACGGGCUGCUCACCGUGGCCGUCGUUGCCCCGCUGUGCUACGUACCAAAUGCGAUCAUGGGCAUCAAAGCUAAAAAAUAG